AUCAGGUCAGAGGUUAGAGGUCAGGAUAACAUGGCUGCCCGAUGGACAUUUCCAGAACUCCGGAGAAAGUUGUUAUUUUUCCCGCCGUAAGUUGAGGUUUGUGUGAGUUUUGGCAGCGAUGCCGAGAAAGAAGCCAUUUAGUGCUAAACAGAAGAAGAAACAGCUACGGGAUAAGAGAGAGCGAAAGAAAGAGAGAACAGAUGGGGUCAAAGUUCAGAACCUGACCUACAGUGAUGAUGAAGGUCAGGAGUCAGAGGUCACCAGUGUGCCCAGUAAUGAGACGGUUGAUGUGAGGAGAAUAAAUGAGCAGCCAGUCUUCCUGAAGCCUGGAGAAAAGGGAUAUGAUCCGAACAGAUAUCGGCUGCACUUCAUGAAGGAGUCCCGGGCUGAAAUCGAGAGGAGGAAGAAAAUAGCUCGGGAAAAGGUCAUCAGUCAGGUGUCAGAGACAGACUUAGAAGUUGCAAUAGAAGACAUCUACCAGCCAGGUUCAGUCCUAGACAUGCCCAAGCGACCACCGUGGACCUUCAGAGAGUCCAAGGGUCAUCUGGAACAGAAGGAGGAGACCUACUUCCUGACCUACCUGGAGAAAAUCUACAGCACCUACACUGUGGAUAGACUCAGCUACUUUGAACACAACUUAGAGACAUGGAGACAACUCUGGAGAGUUCUGGAGAUUUCUGACAUCAUCCUACUGAUCACAGACAUCAGGCACCCGGUUCUCCACUUCUCCCCAGCUCUGUACGACUAUGUUACCACGGAGCUGGGAAAGUCUCUCGUCCUGGUGCUGAAUAAGAUCGACCUGGCGCCCCCUGCGUUGGUCGUGGCCUGGCGCAGCUACUUCAAGUCCAAGUUCCCGCAGGUGGAGGUCGUCUGUUUCACCUCCUUCCCCAAGGAGCACUCUGAGGAUGAGAAGGACCCAGGAGCGGUCUUCCACAGUCCUCCUUCAUAUCCUUUCAUCUCCCGUUCCUCAGUACUACAGAAGAAGCGUCGACGCCCAGGUCGUGACACGAAGGCUGUCGGGCCCAGAGAGCUGCUGGAGGCUUGUGAGAAAAUCUGUAAUGGGAGAGUUGAUCUGCAGAGCUGGGCAGAGAAGAUCACAGCUACAGAAGCUGGUGGGGAGACAGAUGAUGACAAGGACAUGGACACCAGUGUGCCAAAUCCACCCGAGGAGACUGAGCAGGACAGCAGCUCCCCCUACCUGCAGUUCCGGGAUGGGGUACUGACUAUAGGAUGUGUGGGACACCCGAAUGUGGGCAAGUCCUCAUUGAUGAAUGGACUGGUGGGGUCAAAGGUUGUGAGUACCUCCCGCACCCCCGGCCACACCAAGCACUUCCAGACCAUCUUCCUCACCCCGACUGUAAAGCUGUGUGACUCACCUGGACUCAUCUUCCCUUCACUCACUGACAAGCAGCUACAGGUGUUGUCUGGCACCUACCCACUGCCCCAGCUGCAGGAGCCGUACACGUCGGUGGGAUACCUGGCGGCCAGGGUGCCCGUGGUACGCCUGCUGAACCUGCGUCACCCUGACAACGACCCCACCCAGCCACAGGGGGCCAGACAGGAGCAGUGGUGUGCCUGGGACAUCUGUGAUGCCUGGGCAGAGAAGCGAGGGUUCCAUACAGCGAAGACGGCGCGUACAGACGUGUACCGGGCAGCGAACAGCAUCCUGCGCAUGGCUCUGGAGGGCCGCAUCUGUAUGUGCAUGAGACCUCCUGGGUACACCAGAAACCAAAGAGACUGGGAGGCCCACCCUGAGACGAGCGAGAUCUCCGCACUGCAGGACAGGUGCAGGGGAGGAGUGGUGGAGGAGGGAUCCAGCUCCGACUUCUCCAGCUCUGAGGAGGAGGAUGGAGAGAAGGAACCAACCAGGAGCAGGAGGGAGGAAGAGCAGGAGGAGGAGAGGGAGGAGACGGUUGCUACGAGCAACCCAUUUGAUCUGCUAGCUGAUGAUGACUGAGACACCUGUGCCUGUUCUAAACUAGGUGAUCCGUCAGAAAAUGGAGAAAGAGGAGCAGGAAGAGGCUGUGCCACAAGCAACCAAUUUGAUCUGCUGGUUGAUGAUGAACAGUACAUGUGUGCCUGGAUAAGGAUACAUAGAAAUGUGCAAUAGGGAGGGAGAGUUUUUGAUAUUACAGAAGACAGUGAAAUCUAUAAGUCAAACCAACCACCUUCAGUCAUAAAGCUGUUAAAACAGGCUUAUUCAAUUUACACAUUAGAUAGAACACUUUUGUCAAGAGGUAAACAAGCUGGUGCUAUACACCAAAGGGCGUUUAUACUGGCGAUAAAGGUACAGAAACAAGUUGAACCAUUCCUGUAACAGACUAAGUUAUAACGGUUUUUCUUCAAUCCCUUGAGUUGUUAUUGAGAGUGACCAUGUUUGACUGUACAAAAGAAAGCAGUAAGAUUACAGGAGAAAAGCUUUCAAAUACUGCAGUACUUGACCCAUCUACAUGAAUUCUUUAUUUGGACUCAGUCGAUAUG